AUGGAGUCAAUCGAAGACAUUAUGAGGAUGGACAAGGAAAAGUUGGCAGCCCCUGUCAAAACCGUCGAGGAUAAAUGGAAGUUAUUGCCAGCGUUUUUAAAAGUUAAAGGGUUGGUGAAGCAACAUAUUGAUUCUUUUAACUAUUUUAUUAAUGUAGAGAUCAAGAAGAUUAUGAGAGCCAAUGAGAAGAUAACUAGUGAUGCUGAUCCUAAUUUCUAUUUAAAAUAUCUGAAUAUUUAUGUUGGAAUGCCUGAUGUAGAGGAAGGUUUUAACAUCACCAAACCAAUUUCACCUCAUGAGACAGCUGAUAUGAUACAUAGUUUGGCUGUUGUUCUAAUGCCAAUAAUGUUACGCAGCUCAAACUGUGUUUUAACCAAUAAGAGUCCAGCAGAAAUGGCGAAACUUAACGAAUGUCCGAUGGAUCCUGGUGGUUAUUUUAUAACUCGCGGAGCCGAGAAGGUGAUAUUAAUUCAGGAACAACUGUCUAAAAAUAGAAUGAUUGUAGAUCAAGAUAGUAAGGGUUCUAUAGAAUGUUCUGUUACUAGUUCAACUCAUGAAAGAAAAAGUAAAACGUAUGUUAUAGUAAAACAUUCUAAAUAUUAUCUCAAACAUAAUAUCUUCUCAGAGAAUAUACCAGUAGCUAUAGCGUUUAAAGCGAUGGGUAUCGAAUGUGAUCAGGAGAUAGUACAGCUGAUUGGUAGUGAAGAGGAAGUGAUGGCGUGUGUAGCUCCCUGCCUGGAGGAAUGUUAUCGUGCUCAAGUUUUCACUCAAGCUCAGGCUUUAAGAUGGAUAGGAGGUAAAAUACGUCAGAGAAAUCAAUGGCCGAGUGCUAAUAAAUGUAAACUUGAUGAAGCUAGAGAUGUAUUAAAUACUGUUAUAUUGGCUCACGUACCGGUAGAAGAUUGGAAUUUUAAACUGAAGGCGGUGUAUCUAGCAUUGAUGAUUCGACGAGUUAUUUUAACACAAGGUGACAAGGUCAGCAUUGAUGACCGUGAUUACUAUGGUAACAAACGUCUCGAGUUAGCUGGGCAACUUCUCUCCCUCCUUUUUGAAGAUCUCUUCAAGAAAUUUAACUCUGAGUUAAAGAAGAUAGCAGAUCAAACAAUACCCAAACCACGAGCUGCCCAGUUUGAUAUUCUAAAACAUAUGAGACAAGAUCAGAUUACUAACGGACUAGUCUUCGCUAUUUCUAGUGGAAACUGGACGAUUAAAAGAUUUAAAAUGGAGAGAGCUGGAGUGACCCAGGUCUUGUCUCGUCUGUCGUAUAUCUCAGCUAUCGGGAUGAUGACCAGAGUAACCAGUCAGUUUGAGAAGACACGAAAAGUUAGCGGUCCCCGAUCUCUUCAACCUUCACAGUGGGGUUUACUCUGUCCCUCUGAUACACCUGAAGGGGAGGCGUGUGGUCUAGUGAAGAAUCUGGCGUUAAUGACCCAUAUUACAACUGAUAUGAACGAAGCUCCAUUGAUUCGUCUGGCGUUUAAUCUCGGAGUAGAAGAUAUAGAAUUAUUAAGUGGAGAAGAAUUAACAUCAAAAUAUGUCUACACUGUCUUUCUUAAUGGUAAUAUUCUAGGAGUUAUAAGAGACUAUAAAAGAUUGGUGAAAACAUUUAGAAUGAUGAGACGAGCUGGGUAUAUUUCAGAGUUCGUUUCAAUCUUCCCCAAUCAUGGUCAUCGUUGUGUUUAUAUCGCUAGUGAUGGGGGUAGAGUCUGUCGACCGUAUAUAAUAGUAAAUAAUCAACAACCACUGGUUAAAUCUAAACAUAUUGAAGAGUUAACUCAGGGUUUUAGGAGUUUUGAAGACUUUCUGAAAGAGGGCCUGGUAGAAUAUCUCGACGUAAACGAAGAGAAUGAUUGUAUGGUCUCAUUAUAUGAAAGGGAGAUAACUGCAGAUACAACUCAUCUGGAAAUAGAACCCUUUACUAUAUUAGGAGUGUGUGCAGGGCUGAUUCCCUACCCCCAUCAUAAUCAGUCACCCCGUAAUACAUAUCAAUGUGCUAUGGGGAAACAGGCAAUGGGUACGAUAGCGUAUAAUCAGAGAAAUAGAAUAGAUACGUUGAUGUAUUUACUGGCCUAUCCUCAAGCUCCUCUCGUUAAAUCUAAGGUUAUAGAGUUGAUCAGUUUUGAUAAGCUCCCAGCUGGACAGAAUGCAACAGUAGCUGUUAUGAGUUAUAGUGGUUAUGAUAUAGAAGAUGCCCUGGUUAUAAACAAAGCUUCCUUAGAUAGAGGAUUUGGUCGAUGUUUAGUUUAUCGUAAACACGCGGUGACGAUGAAACGUUACACUAAUCAGACGUUUGAUAAAGUGAUGGGACCACUGAUUGAUUCUACCACUAAUAAACCUCCGUGGAAACAUCAACUAUUAGACGUGGACGGUAUCUGUAUGCCUGGUGAACGUGUUGAAAAUCGUCAGGUUUUAGUCAAUAAACACAUGCCAGUUGUUAGUAAUCCUGUUGCUGGGGCACCUGUUAAUUUACAGUCAGUUAAUUAUAAAGAAACACCACUAACAUAUCGAGGUGCAAUGUCUGGAUAUUGUGAACAAGUUUUAAUUACCUCCAACCCUGACGAGGCUUUCCUAAUUAAAAUAUUAAUGAGACAAACUCGUCGACCAGAAAUUGGAGAUAAAUUUAGCAGUCGUCAUGGACAGAAAGGUGUUUGUGGUUUGAUAAUUCCUCAAGAAGACAUGCCUUUUACAGAUCUGGGAAUAUGUCCAGAUAUUAUAAUGAACCCCCAUGGUUUCCCGUCUCGUAUGACUGUGGGUAAAUUAAUAGAACUAUUGGGAGGGAAGGCUGGUGUUCUUGAGGGCAAGUUUCAUUAUGGCACAGCAUUUGGAGGAGAUAAAGUUGCUGAUUUAUCUCAAGUUUUAGUGGAUCAUGGUUUUAAUUAUUUAGGAAAAGAUUACGUCACUUCUGGUAUCACAGGAGAAGCAUGUGAAGCGUAUAUAUAUUUUGGACCUGUUUACUAUCAGAAACUAAAACACAUGGUGUUAGAUAAGAUGCAUGCUAGAGCGAAGGGACCGAGGGCAGUGCUAACACGACAACCCACUGAGGGGCGGUCUCGAGAUGGUGGACUACGAUUGGGUGAAAUGGAACGAGAUUGUUUGAUUGGCUACGGAGCUAGUAUGUUGUUACUAGAAAGGUUAAUGAUAUCUAGUGAUGCAUUUCAAGUUGAUGUGUGUAGUAGUUGUGGUCUGCUUGGAUAUUCUGGCUGGUGUCAGUAUUGUAAAUCGUCUAAAAGUGUGUCCACGUUAAAAAUGCCGUACGCCUGUAAAUUGUUAUUCCAAGAACUUCAGUCCAUGAACAUCGUGCCUCGUCUCAGUUUACAAAAAUACAACGAAGUUUAGCAGGACAGGAGAAAAGUGAAAAAGUUGUGGUUAUGUUUUGAGAGAAAGAAAAUCUUGGAAAUUUAUCCGUACAGGAAGAAAAUAAAGAAUAUGGUUUGUGAGAAAAUGGAAGACAGCAAGUCAAUGAAUAGGAGAAUAG